AUGGAGUGGGGCAAGGCAGAGAACCGUAUUGCAGUGAUAGCUUUACAUAAGUGUAAUCACAGUGCUAGUCAGAUUUUUGAACUCUUACGCGGCCUUCAAAUAUCGCGUAAAUUUGUGUCUAGGACCAUUCAGCGGUACAAUGAGACGUCCUCUGUUGAUGACAGGCCAAGAAGCGGAAGACCUCGUCAAGUAAGGACUCCAGCAGCCAUCAAAGCCGUAAAAGCCAGGAUUCAAAGGAAUCCACUCCGGAAGCAGAAGAUCCUAUCCAGGGAAAUGAAGAUUCCUGUCCGGACGAUGUCGCGCAUCAUUAAACAAGACCUAGGGCUAGGGGCUUACCGGAGACGUACGGGCCAGCGACUUACGGCCACCUUGCGACACAUCAGGGCGACAAGAUCCAAGAAGCUCUUGGAGAGGUACGCAGCUGGGGGAUUCCGAAAGAUUUUGUUCACGGAUGAGAAAAUCUUCACCAUAGAAGAAAAAUUCAACCGACAAAAUGACAAAGUGUAUGCAAGGAGUUCACAGGAAGCUUCGGAGAUCAUUCCGAGAGUUGAGAGAGGCCACCACCCUGCGUCAGUCAUGGUUUGGUGGGGGGUGUCCUACGAAGGGGUCACUCAGCUCCAUUUCUGUAAACAGGGCGUGAAAACAAAAGCGGCAAACUAUCAGAGCGACAUACUGGAUCCUAUCCAGGAUUCCGCCCCCGCUCACAAGGCUAAGAGUACGCAGCGCUGGCUGGAAAGCAAUGUGCCAGAGUUCAUUGCUGCGGAAGAUUGGCCCUCAGGGAGUCCGGACCUCAAUCCUUUAGACUACAAGUUGUGGGACCUGCUAGAGCAGUUGGCCUGCUCCAAAGCCCACCGUAAUAUCAAGUCCCUGAAAGCGGAUUUGAUCCGAUCAGCGGCAGCUAUUCCUUUGGAAGCUGUGCGUGCAGUGAUAGAUGAGUGGCCCGCGAGAUUGAAGCAGUGUUGGUCUCAAAAAUGGAACAACUUUCAGAGACAAUUAUCGCAACAAGAAUGCCUUGCUGAGUUACUGUCUAUCUUCAGUAACGAAUCGCCACAUCAGUCGACAAUUUCCCGUUGGUAUGAAGAAUUCAAACGUGGACGGUCACCAAAAACGGCAGUCACCCAGGAAAACGUCGAUGCUGUGCGCAAACUCAUAAUUGAAGAUAGACAUCACAAUUCAAAAAUUUUACAUGAAGAAUUAGGAGUAAGAAAAUUAGUUUCUCGUUGGAUACCUCACCUGUUGACUGAGUCAUCCAUGGUCGCGACAUUUGUGUCAAAAGCAGGUCAUAUUGCAACAAUUCCUCUCAAUGAGCAAAGAACUGUUACUGCGGAUUGGUAUACCUCCAUUUGUUUGCCAAAAGUUAUCACCGAGCUUCGAAAAAUCAACCCCGAUAGAAGAAUCAUCCUCCACCAAGACAAUGCAAGCUCGCACACAGCCCAAAAAACAAGGCAGUAUUUAACGGAAGAAAACGUGGAAUUAUUGGACCAUCCUCCAUAUAGUCCCGAUCUAAGUCCUAACGAUUUCUUUACUUUCCCGAAAAUUAAAAACAGACUGCGUGGUCAAAGGUUCCAGUUUUGGUGCUCCGAAAAUUGGUUCGAAAGCAUGCAGAUGUGUAUUAAUCUUCGUGGAGAAUACUUCGAAAAACAAUAA